UUCUUCUCCGUUCUGCUCCAUUUGAUCAAGGCCCUGCAUUAUACACCACAAAUAAUGUCUGCCUUUCCGUCCCAAGCAUUGGAAUCCGUUUUCAACAAAUUCCCGCCCCCUCAAAACCCAAAUUUCAGCUAUGGGACAGCAGGUUUCAGAUUAGGCGCUUCAAAGCUUGAUUCUAUAAUGGUUGCAGUUGCAUCACUUGCAAUCGUCCGUUCACUCUCUUGUUUGGACGAGACGAGCACCCCGCAGACAAUUGGUAUCAUGAUCACGGCUUCCCACAACCCCCCACAAGAUAAUGGUGUGAAAAUAGUCGAUCCUUUGGGUGAUAUGCUUCCUCAGGACUGGGAACCACUGGCAACAAAAUUAGCCAAUUGUGCAACGUUCAAGGAAUUUGAGAAGAUCAUAAAGCCCUUAUGGACUAAAUAUAGCUCAGCGGCUUCAAGCAAACCAGCCAAAUUGGUCAUCGGAAGAGAUACACGAGAGAGCGGACCAAGGUUACUAAGGAUAUGUACUGAGCUGUUCGAUUCCUUCUCCGACAAGCUAGUAAUUUACCGCAACUUCGAGGAAUUGAGUACCCCCGAACUACACUAUAUAACCCGGUCAUUUAAUGACGUUUCUUUUGGCGUACCAUCCGAAUCAGGCUAUUAUGACAAACUAUCGAACUCGUUCUUGCGUAUCCUCAAACUAUAUGAUAUUUCACCUGACGUAUUGGUUAGCACAACAGUUGAUUGUGCAAAUGGAGUUGGUGCAGAUAAGCUUAAGGCGUUUUUAGAAACCAGCCCAUCAUUGUCCUCCAAGUUCGCAAUUGUCAACUCCGACACGGCUGAUCCAUUGCAGCUAAAUGUCCAAUGCGGUGCCGACUUCGUGAAAACAAAUCAAAAGUUGCCUAACGGUAUUGAUUCAGAUUUAGCUUCUAAAGAUUUAAGUCUAUGUGCAUCUUUUGAUGGUGAUGCUGAUAGAUUAGUAUGCUACUUUUGUGACAAACCAUCCAAAAAGUUUAUUUUACUAGACGGUGAUAAAAUCGCAAUUCUUUUGUCUAGACUUAUUUCUACCUUGAUUACUCAACUUCCAGAGAACAAUUUGGAGAUUGGUAUCGUGCAAACAGCUUACGCAAAUGGAGCGUCAACCAGCUAUAUUGUCAAUAAAUUGAAAUUGCCAUCAGUGUGUGCUAAGACAGGUGUGAAACAUCUACACCACGAAGCUAUGAAAUUCGAUAUCGGAAUUUACUUUGAAGCAAACGGUCAUGGAACAGUUUUGUUUUCCGAGAAAUUUACUGCCGAAUUGAAGAAAUUCGAAGGACAUUCAAAAGCUGCCGAAGUUUUACUUUUGCUGAAAGAACUUAUCAAUCAAACAGUUGGCGAUGCAUUAAGCGACCUAUUGGCCGUGGUUGCGUCGUUGGCAAUACUCAAAGUAGAUGCUGCAGAAUGGGCAAAUACCUAUCAUGAUCUUCCGAACAAGUUAUCUAAGGUGGUUGUGAAAGAUCGUAAUCUAUUCGUGACUACUGAUGCCGAGAGAAGGUUAGUUAAACCUCCAAUUCAAAGUAAGAUUGACGAUUUUGUUUUGCAAACCAAACAAGGCAGGUCUUUCGUAAGACCAAGUGGUACGGAGGAUGCUGUCCGGGUAUACGCAGAGGCGGAGACAGAGGAAGAAUGCCUGAGAUUGGCUGAACAGGUUGUUCACCUUGUUGAAAACUACUCGUAGAAAAUUAAAAAAAGAUAAAUUCCCCGAACACGUAGACAGUUCUAUAAUUUUCGACGCGUUAUUUUUUCUUUUUCAUCGUCAUGGUUUUGUACUAAAGCUAUAUAGAAGCGGCAUGCAACUUAGCUAUCGU